AUUUCCAGUCGUGAUCCGAAAUCUAAUAAAGUGUUGUGCGAUAUAAUUGCUAAAUCGGAAGUGUUAACGUUGCUUAAUAAGGCCACGCUUUGCCGGUCCUAGUGAAAUAUUAAUAGAAACCACCGCGAAAGCGGCUGGUUGGCAGACAUUGUAGCAGCUGAGGAUUAUUUAGAAAUAGAUAGCACUGCUUAGAGGCAAUAAUUUCCGUGAAGCGAAUGAAAUAGCUGGUUCUUCUAUAUUUGCGAGGCAAAGGGAAAAUUGCUCCUAAUAACUCGUAGAUCACUAAACUGCUACGAUACUCUUCCGUUGAAAAGAUAAAAGUGGAAAACAACUUUAUGUGUGUACGGGUAAAAGUUCACUGUAGAAGGAGAGGGCGUCCAAUUAUCAGCAGGGCAGCAUUCGCUUCUUUAGGUUUCUCGCGAAUAGCAGCCAUAGCGAAACGCAUGGAUAGUGUAGUGUGAUCUGUAUGUUUUUAGGAUAUUUGUAGGAAGCAUUUGUACAAGUUUGUACAACUGUGUUUUAAAUGACGCUAGAUAAAGAACACCAUCGGAGUGAAAUGGAAUCAAAAGACAUUCAAGCAAAGGUGGCGCAACUCUUCGGUCAGUGGAUGACAGAAGCUGCGGCCGCAGGUGUUUCGCAGCAGGAGGUUGCACCCGGCCCAAACGAACGCUUGGCAGAUACAGCCACUCAACUGGAACUUUUUUCUGGAAAUGGCGGUUUAUCGGCCACACAGUGGAUUGAGCGUUUCGAAUUCUCCAAGCAGGUCGGCAACUGGUCUGUGGCUAAGUCGUGGAGUGUCAUUUUAGCAAAGCUCACGGGUCAGGCAAGACUGUGGCAUUUGAAGUGCGGACGAAAAUUGAAGACCUUGGAUGAAUGGAAAGCAAAGUUCCUUGAAGAGUUUUUACCACAACAGCGGAUGCUCAAUUUUGUUGAAGAUCUUGCUAGCUGCAGACAGGAAUACGGUGAAGACUUGCAAGUGUUCGUAUGGAGGUCAGCUGCUGUCGCUGCACAGCUCGGCAUGACGCCUGAUGAUAUCAAGGGCCAUAUUCUACGCGGCCUUCUCCCAGAAUACGAAUUUCUUGUGCACGAAAUGCAUGGUCGGACACACACCGAUAUUUCCGACCUGUUAAAGGAUAUCGUGAAACGUAUCAAGUGCCACGGAUCACCGACUGAUGCUACCAAAGAUGCCCCUUACCAGCUUAGCCUUCGAUGGCAAGCCACGUUUGCCGGUUGCAUCCCGCAAAAAGCAGUGAAGGGAGGUUACGAUGCCAGCGGUGAAACCUAUUACGUGGCUCGAGCAUCCCAUGAAGGAGCCAUGGUGCCAGGCCGGGCAGUAGCUAUGUCCCGGGCUGCCUUUGUGGGAUAUAAUGGCGAGGAACACAUUAAACGAAAUUUCGAAGUGUUGGUGGCGGAUUGCGACCUCGAAUGGAUUAAGUAUGACGGUGGCCGGCUGCCCUCGGGCGCAAUUCAGGGUGGAAUCACUGAGAAGGGUGAGCCUUUAUAUAUUGGGCGUGCUUGUCAUGAAGAUUCGCUCACAAAUGGAAAGGUUCAGAGUUUAGAAGAGUUCCAGAAAUGCUUGAUUCCUUGCGGCGGGCAGGAAUGGACCUACGAGGACUUUGAAGUGUUAACCUGUAAAACGCUUAGUUUCGCUUAUAAUCGCGGCGAAAUACACCAUAGAAUCUCGACUAUUUCAAGCAUUCAACGUUCAAACAGCAAACGGUCGUCCCCGAAGUUGCUUCACAAUAAAAUUUUGUUGGCGCACUCACCAAAUCAUUGCGUAAGAGAACGCCAUUGUAUUGUACCUCGUUUUCUGUGUAGAGAAAUUUCAAUGCAACGAAGCUUCGUAGACGCGGAAAUGGCCUCUGCGGAUCUGGAACAGCAAAUGAUUCAACUUUUUUCCCGAUGGAUGACAAGUGCCGCCAGUAGAGCUGGCGUUAAAAUCACACAGAAUAAUGAAACACUCGCAGCUGAAGAACUCGCUGACACUUCGGCACAAUUAGAAAACUUUUCAGGCAAUAGUGAAGACCUCACAGCUGCGGAAUGGAUAGAUCGUCUCGAGAUUGCCAAAGAUGUCGGAGCUUGGACAGAGGCAAAGAUGCGAAGCGUGUUACUAGCAAAACUGACGGGUCCAGCUAGAUCAUGGCAUUUGACUGGUAACGGCAAUCUGUCGUCGUUCGAUGAGUGGAAAGCAAAAUUUCUUGAGGAAUUUUCACCGCAGCAGCGUCAACGGAAACUUAUUGACGACCUGAAUGAUCGUAUACAGAAAGGCGGCGAACCAUUACAGUUAUAUAUUUGGCGAUCAGUUGUUAUUGGAGUGCAGCUAGGAAUGACUCCUGAAGACGUGAAGGGCCAGAUUUUAAGUAAUUUAGAAGUCGAGUAUAAGUGUCUUGUUCAGGAACUACAGGACAGGACCCAUAACGACAUUCCUGAUCUAUUGAGAGAUAUCGAAAGGAGCAUUAAGUUCAAUCAGUCUAUGCUGGCUGUUGUGAGAGUUUCAAAUACUCCGUACGAGAUACGACUCCGAUGGCAACCCGCUUCAAAUGGAUAUGUUCCCAAAAUGGCGUUUAAUGGCGGAGUAGACUCGAACGGUGAAAAGCUGUACGUGGCACGAACAAUUCACAGAGGCGAUCUGACUCCGGGUAAACUGGCUCCUUCGCAUGGGGUCACUUACAUACCGUACGAUGGACGAGAAUAUUGUCAUAGGGAAUAUGAGGUGUUGGUGUCAGAUUGCAUCCUUGAAUGGGUUGCGUGCACUGCCCCCUGUAGGCUACCUCCGGGCUCCAUUCAAGCUGGAAAGACCAAAGAUGGCGAACCCCUGUACAUUGCGCGAGCUCCCCAUCGCGAUUCCAUGACUCCUGGAAAAUUUCAACUUUCGAAACAGGCGUGCUUUCUUUCUUGGGGCGGCCGCGAACACCGUCAUGAAGCAUUUGAAGUUUUAGCAUGUCAUACGAUUGCGCUAGACUAGUUAGUUGUCAUCUGUGCAAGCCAUUUGAUGCCUAAGAACUUGUUCCCUCUUUCAAAGAAAGCGGCGACUGAAUAAACACUGUAAUAGCACUAAGAGCAAAGGUAGCGAUCUAUAAUUGCAAAUUGUUAUGAGCGUCAGUAUCAUUUACUAUUUGUACCUGUUUACAGUAGUUCUCACAAUGUUCGCGCAAUAAACUUGUUUAAUUGUAUAGCUAGGUGUGGUGAAAAUGGACUAUUUUAAUAAGCCGCUCAUCGAGAGACUGUAUCUGCUGUUAUUAUGGUUGAACGCAAACUGACAUAACUGUCUAAUAAAGAUAGAAGUUCGUUGAUAUCAUAUAUACUUGUGUACUUAUUUCUAAUAGCUUAAGUAAGAGUUACAAAGCUUGUCAUAGACUAAAAGCAAUUUUGUCCAUUGAUGAUAUUUUUUAGAAAAACCCUCCCACUGCGUACCUGCCCCGAUGCGUUAUAUUAUGAUUUUAAAUAAUAUAAUGAGACAACGUAGUUAACGCGGCAAAAUAUUCUGAAACCAGUCAAAUGCGCUAAAGGCUGGUCGUUAGUUUUUUUGUCUUUGAAUAGCCCACGCCAAAGGCCUGUUGUACGCGUCGUGGUUUCAAUGCGCUUUAAAUAUAUACACGAUAGAAAAAAUGUGCAUCAGUAUUUAUGCUGAACAGAUGUAGCUACGCAGUAAACUUACGUUAAGAGAUCAGACGAUUUCAAAAUGCCCUAUGGUAUAAUAUUGCAUUGGUUUUCAAGUAAGUUCGUCUAUCGUGACAAUGAUGCACGUAAGGUAUAUGAACACAUUUAACUAAUAUAAUUAGGUUUAAUACGGUUUCCACGAGAUGAAUGGGCAAUUUACGUGAACAUUAGUGCAGUAAACAUCUGUUGGGCUCGAUACAUAAGAACUCUAAUUAUCUAAAUAAAUAAUUGAAAAUUUGCGUGCUGUAUUGUCAUUAAGUAUUAGUUCGGACGGCUGGCCUUUGUAAGCACAAAACGAAGUGUGUCUUCACCCGGUUUCAAAUCGAAUUCAUGUUAAGUACAAUAUAUAACAGUACAAGCAAGAAUCGGUUGCCAAAUAUUGUGGGAAAAUGGAAGUUUUUGCCGUUACGUUGUGUAAUAAAGUUUAGUUUGCUAAGAUCUACGCGACCCUAACUAUCACAAUCCUAUAGGAGCUUGCCCACACAAUUUCGCUUUGCGUAAAG